GAAAGAUCUAAUUCAACAGCGUUUUCUUAACUGUUGUAUCGGUGAUUUAAACAUACGACAAAAUGAGAAACCUAUUCGGGAUGAACAACCUCGAAAAGAGACCUCUUAUAAACCAACAAAAACAGGAUUAUGGCAUUGUGGGCUGUAAUUUGAGUAAAAUUACUGAGUCUUCAAUUGCUGAAUGCAGUAAGUUAUCCAGUAGAAUAUCGAUUGAAAAUAGACCUAAUAAUACUACAAAAAACAGCAAACCCGUAGAAAGCCCAACGACUAAUUCCAGUAUAAUUACAACGGUGCAUAGCACGAAACUGGCAUCGCAACAUUGUAAGCAAAAAAAAUGUUCUCAUACCAUUGAAAAAAAUGUUUUUGCUCGCUUUCCAUAUGAAAUGAAAGCAUUUGACUAUGACAAACCAAUCCAAAAUUUACCUAUCUUGCAUCAACAAAUUAUUGGUACAGAAACAUAUAAACAUAAUCGAAAAAGGCCAACUGAUAUUUCUUCUACAUACAAUGACAAGAAUCAAAUUAUUUUCAGAGAAAAUAGAAAGCAACACUCAUAUGGCCAAAAGAGACAAAAUUACUUAGAUAAAAACUAUUUCUGCUCACACAUCAUUCAGAAUUAUGAUACACCAUCCACAAAAGGUGAUCUGAACUGCCUGGAUGAGCAUUUUGUCCCAAUAGCAAGAACAAGACCGACAGGUGAACCAGACAGAAAAUUUACAAAAACAUCAGAUGUUGCUGUUCAAACAGUCAAAUCGUCCAGCACAGUAGAUGGGACUGUGCAAACUGAAGAAAUAGACGUGAGGAGUCAAUAUUCUCAAACAACCAUCUUAGCAGCAAACAACUUUGUAUGUAUGGACAUAGGACAGACUCAAACAGGAAAAAAGACAAAACCCAAAAUAAAGAAAAAUGAUAAAGAAAGGAACAUGCAGGUUGAGACAUCUAGGACAAAAGCUAUCGAGCUGAGCUGCACAGAAAAAACAAUUAAAUGUACUAACAAUUGUGUUGCGCCAAAAGAAAGUGAAAUUAUGGCUGGAAGGAUCAUAGAUGCAUAUCACAUUCCAAAAAAGCAUCGUUUGAUCUCCAAAUCAGUGCCAACAAACAUAAAUAAUCAAGAAAUUAGCAAAGAACUUAAAUCAAUGUCAGCUUUGCAUAAUGAAAAAGUAACGAAUAGUAGCCAAUUUCUUACUAAAGAUUUAAACAAAGAAAUGAGACCAAGAUUUCGGACUUCUUUGCCUCCUGCAAUUGAUGACGAAUGUUCAAUGAACAUUCAUGCCUGUCCUAAAAGAUCACUUGUGCUAAGCAAUCAAGAUGAUUUAGGCCUAACCUUAUUGAAAGAAAUACCACAAAAUGUGCAGUCAGAUAAUUCAUGCAUGAGUACUGGUGAAAUGUCUAGCACAGACACCACAUGUUCAACUCUAUCUCGUCCAGUGUAUAAAAAAAGAAAAUUAUCUGACAUUAAUCAUGACGCUGAAACUUAUCGGAAUUUUUGGAAAAAGAUUUCGUGCGAUGGUCGAAAAAAGUCCAUUGAAAGCCACAAUAAAUUUAUGAAUUCUGUAAGUGAAGAAUCUACUUGGGAUGAAGGCAAUGACUCGAGUGUGAUGGAAUCAACAUGUACAUAUGAUUCAACCGGAUCUUGGAGUACGAGACAACAAGACUUUUCAAGUCCUGAUUCUUCCAAUGAUGAAAUGUCUUCCGACGCCAGUCAGAUCAGAAAUAAAAGAAAUAGACAGAUUGAAAAAUCCAUGCUCAGACAUAUAUCUCAAAGAAAUGAUUCACGUAGAAUGUAUGCAAUUGAAUCAAGUGAUUUUAGCAAGCAUAUUGACCAAAGCCAAAUGCACCAAAAACAUAGAAAAAUAAAAGAAUUAAAAAUGAUGGUUGCUGUGGAUGGGCUAGAUGAAGACUUUGAAAUGAUGAUUUAUUAUGCAGAGAAAUGUCCAAACAGAAAAAGGAGUAUUCGAUAUAUUGAUAUCGAACUAAGCAAUUCAAUAACAACAUGUGUUGAUUUAGUUAAAUCAAUUGUAGUAUCGGCCUUCUCCCCUCUUCAGCGUAUUGCUGAGCCAUCCAGUCAGAAAAGUGUGAUUGGCAUCAAUAACACCAGAGACUAUGAAACUAAGCAACUUGACCAUUGUGAAACAUAUAACACCCACGACAACACAGAAGACACAACUGACUUCAAAACUAAAUGCGACACAGAACACACAACUGACUUCAGAACAGAUAACACAAAUGAGUACAACACCAACAUGGCAAAUAACUGCAAAACACACUCUCAAGAUUCUGCAAUGGAUGAAAACGCAGAAAGUCACGGAACUAAUAACACCAAAAAGGCAAUUGAAAGUGUGUAUUCUAACAACAGUGAGACACCCAGACCUCAGGAAACACUAACUACCCCACCAAAGAGCUUGAGAGUCUUCUCACCUCCACAAAUUUCUGCACAUUCUAUCAAUAAAAGUGAAAACCUUACAAGUAGAGAUGAAAGUUCAUCUAAAUCUUUGUCUUCAACUUUAAGCGGAUCCACAUCGAACAAACAGCAAAAAUCCAAUAAGCCAACUGUACAACACAAAACACAUAACCCUGAGCAUUCUGAAAAAGAUAACACCAACAAGUACAGUACAGAAAAAGCAGAAAAUCAUGGAACUAAUAACAUGAAAAAGGCAAUUGAAAGUGUGUAUUCUAGCAACAGUAUGAAACCCAGACCUCAGGAAACACUAACUACCCCACCAAAGAGCUUGAGAGUCUUCUCACCUCCACAAAUUUCUGCACAUUAUCUCAAUAAAAGUGAUAACCUUACAAGUAGAGAUGAAAGUUCAUCUAACUCUUUGUUUUCAACUUUAAGCGGAUCCACAUCGAAAAAACAGCAAAAAUCCAAUAAGCCAACUGUACAACACAAAACACAUCACCCUGAGCAUUCUGGAAAAGCUAGCACCAACAAGUUCAAUUCAGUAAAAGCAGAAAAUCACGGAACUAAUAACACCAAAAAGGCAAUUGAAAGUGUGAAUUCUAACAACAGUGUGAAACACAGACCUCAGGAAACACUAACUAGCCCCUCAAAGAGCCACGUCUUCUCACCUCCACAAAUUUCUGCACGUUCUCUCAAUAAAAGUGAUAACCUUACCAGUAGUGAUGAAAGUUCAUCUAACUCUUUAACAUCUACAACUUUAAGUGGAUGCAUAUCGAAAAAACAGCAAAAAUCCAAUAAGCCAACUGUAUCACGCCCCCCAAUCAAGUCUUUCCAUGAAUUAUUUACACAAUUGGAAAACAUUUUGGGAGAGGAUGAACAUUAAAUAUGGGCGAUACCACUUGGCUUGGAAGGACUAAUAAAUCAUUUAAACAAAGCAUUUGUUGUUAAUUAUUAAGUUUGCAAACUUACAUUUGAAUUUAAAAACCUUAAGAUUUAGAUUGUUUUAUUUUUUAUUUAUGGCCUUAUGAACUUGGCAUAUUAGGCAAGGAAUAUUAUAUCUCAUGUGAUGUGAUUUUUUUUUUAAAUGGGGAGGGGAAGUAUAGCAUAAAAAAUUAUGGUAGAAUUAAAUUGAGUUAUGAAGAAUUACUUUGUGGAGGAAAUUAA